GACGCCUCCGCUGUUUACCGCGCUGCUGUGAAAGACUUCGUGAAUGCUUUUUUCAGUCUUGUAGCUACAGUUAGCAGACAGUGUUUCUCAGCUAAAAGUUCAGAAACAAAUUGAAUAAACGCAGGUGAGAAAGGAUGGACACUCCAGAUGGAAACCAAGACGGAAGUGAGCAGAGACCGCUGUCUGCUGCUUCGUUCAAGGCCUUCAUGUUGAAAAGCAGCACGAGAAGCAACCUGAACCUAUAUGACCACCUCACUCAGUUGCUGAUAAAAGUGAUGGAUGAGCGUCCACAGAAUGUGGUGGAUGUGAUUGAGGACAUGAGCCAUGACGUGAAGCAGGGUUUAUUUGAAGACAAGCAGAGCACCCUGCGAGUCCUUCCACAGGCUACAGCUGCUGAGUUGCUGGCUGAGCGGCAACGCCUGCUGUUUUCUCGGCAAGAAGAGACUGAACAGGAGGAAGAACUGGUAGAAACACCUCUUCCCAACGUGAGUGAGAUUGGCUUCUACCUGGAGCAGGCUGGAGUAGGUCUGGGCAGGGAGGAGAUGCAGAGGGUCUUCCUCGCACUCAAGCAGCUUGUUGAGUCGCAGGCGCUGCUGCGCUGCCGACUGUGGGGCAAGGUUCUGGGUACAGAGAGCAGCUAUGUUGUUGCCGAAGCUGAAUACAGAGAGGGGGAGGAAGAGGAAGAGCAAAGCACUGAGGAAGCAGCUGAGGAAGAGGAGAGAGAGGCAGACACUCAGGAGAAUGAGAUGGAUCCACUUCCUCAGUUGACCUAUCAACCCCUACCAGUAGUGCCAAAGGAACCCAUAGGAACAGGUGCAAACAAGUAUGUUUACUAUGUGUGCAAAGAGCCUGGUCUUCCUUGGGUAAAGCUUCCUUCAGUCACUCCUGCACAGAUCACUGUUGCGCGCCAGAUCCGUAAAUUCUUCACUGGGAGGCUUGACGCCCCAGUUGUGAGCUACCCGCCUUUCCCUGGGAAUGAAGCUAACUAUCUGAGGGCACAGAUUGCUCGGAUCUCUGCUGGCACACAAGUCAGCCCCCAGGGCUUCUUCCAGGCUGGAGAAGAGGAAGGUGAUGAGGAAGAUGAGGCACCGCGGGACAGCUACGAAGUGAAUCCUGACUUUGAGGGCAUUCCAGUUGCUGAGAUGUCUGAAUCCACCUGGGUGCAUCAUGUUCAGCACAUCCUACAGCAGGGUCGCUGUACUUGGGUGAACCUGGCUGUGAAACCAGGAGAAGACUCUAAUGAGGAAGGAGAGGCUGAGGAUAAAGAAGAGGAGCCUGAUGAGCCUGAGCCGGAAGUUGGACCCCCUCUGCUCACUCCUCUCUCCCAAGAUGCAGAAAUCUUCAACACCCCUCCCUGGACCUCCAAGAUGUCCUCCGCUCUCACCUCUCAGCAUGCAGUAGCUGUGCUGCGUUCCAACCUCUGGCCAGGGGCAUAUGCAUACGCCUGUGGAAAGAAGUUUGAAAACAUAUAUAUUGGAUGGGGUCUGAAGUACACAGGUGAAGGGUACAGCCCACCUGUCCUCCCGCUACCACAGAAAGAAUAUCCUAGUGGACCAGAAAUCACUGAGGCCCUGGACCCAUCACUGGAGGAGGAACAGGCAGUGAAAGAAGCUUUAGAGGAGCAGCAAGCUGCCCAGGAGGAGAUGGAGGACACGGAGGAAGAAGAGGAGGAAAAUGAUGACUGAGAAAACAGUUUCUACAUUUUUCAAGAACUUAUUUGGAAGUCACUAGCCAAAUAAAUCAGUUUACUCAGCAACAUGGCUUGAUGUAAAUUCAGGUGAUGGUUCAAUAACCAAGGAGGGCAAUAGUGGAAAGAUGAGGCAAUGCUUGCUUUGCCCCAUGCAGCUUGUAACCACUAGUGGCACAAUGGAAUAAUCUUUUACAUGUGGGUCCCCAUUUUGUUCUUGUGCACACUACAGCCUGCCCAAGCUAAUUGCAGGUAAACUGGUACUGUGUUUAGAGCAGCUGAUAUAAGUGUUGUUGCAUAGUUUCCCCACCAGAGGGCGCUCUGUGGUUGGAACACCACAAAACACAGCAAUCAGCUGACAUGAUCAGCUGUACUUUUGUUCAAAGUAGAACCCCCAUUUCCAGAAAUGUGUUCUGGGAUAUAGUAAUUCAUGCCGCAUUGUCAAAGGGCUCGAACCUCACUUAGAAAUAAAGCACACACCUGUUUUCA